AUGGCUUCUGAAUGGGCCGCGAAGAGGGCCCAUGGCCUUAUUUUCCUCAUAUCUUCGUGUCUCCUGAUCGGUAUCCUCCUCCUACCCCCUUUUCGGGAUACCGAUACCAGCCCCAAUACCCUUCGAUUCCGCCGUGAUGUAACUACACAUGUGGUCCCGGACGCCCUUGCGGAAACGGUGCUUGCUGCGGUGCAUCCGGGUAUUGUGGGUACGGAGCGACCUACUGCGGCGACGGAUGCUCGUCUAACUGCGAUGCGCAUGCCGAAUGGAUGCCAGAGUAACUGUGUCCUACACCCCAAACCGCCCGGGGGGGCGGCUACGGGAAACAUCCUCCAGAACAGAGUCAUCGGAUAUUACGAAGCAUGGAGCGCUCGAAAAGCGUGUCAUAGGAUCCAGCCACAAAAUCUCCCCCUUGACGCUCUGACGCAUGUAAAUUUCGCUUUCGCGUACAUCGAGCCGAAGUCCUACAAGGUAGUGCCGAUGGAUGCUCAAACCCCAGCAAGUCUAUUCCUAGAGGUCCCCAAGCUCAAGCAGAUCAAACCCGGUCUCAAGGUCUUCGUGAGCAUCGGGGGUUGGACAUUCUCGGAUAACGGCACGGUUACGCAACCACUCUUUGGUGAGAUUGCGGCGGACGCUGGGAAGCGCCAAACGUUCGCCGACAAUGUCGUGCGCUUUAUGAAGCAGUAUGGCUACGACGGCGUGGACCUCGACUGGGAGUACCCAGGAGCCCCAGACCGUGGUGGUCAGGAUGGCGACGUGGAAAAUUUCGUCCUUCUCCUCCAGACCAUGCGGAGAACAUUCGACUCGAGCGGCUCCCGGUUUGGUAUCACUUUUACCGCCCCCUCGUCUUACUGGUACCUGCGCUGGUUUGACCUGCCAGGGCUGAUAAAAUACGCUGACUGGAUCAACCUGAUGUCGUACGAUCUGCACGGCGUCUGGGACCGUGACAACCCCAUCGGCAGCAUCGUGCAGGGCCAUACUAAUUUGACCGAGAUCAAGCUCGCUGCAGAGCUCUUCUGGCGUGUCGGCGUCCCGCCGGGCAAGCUUGUCAUGGGGUUCGGGUUCUACGGCCGGGCCUUUACCCUUUCCGACCCCGACUGUUCAAAGCCCGGGUGCGCUUUCAAAGGCGCUUCGGACCCGGGGCCGUGUACGGGCGAAGGCGGCAUUCUCGGCCAUUACGAGAUACGGGAGUUGUUGAAAAGUGAUGGCUCACAAAAAAGGGCUGCUAUCGAACCAGUAUACGAUAGGACAGCCGCUGUCAAGUACGCUACGAUCGACGGCGAUCAGUGGGUGUCGUUCGACGAUGGUGAGACGCUGAAGCAGAAGGUUCAGUGGGCGAACGAGGUCGGACUAGGCGGUGCUAUGAUCUGGGCCUCUGAUCUGGACGACGAUAAGUACACGGCGCACGCCGAGCUCCUGAAUAGGGAGGUCAGGUCCACGGCGUUGUUGCGGGACAUCGACAAUGCGCUGUCGAACCCCCAGGCGUUGGUCCGGGAUCUAGCAGGGACCAAUGGCCAGGACUGCUUUCGGCAUGAUGGGAAGUGCGUUAAUCUGAACGACAACGACGCCAUGGCCGAUGCGUGCGGAUCUGGGUACACACCCGUGGGCUGGGACGACGCAGGAUGUGGGAAGAAGAGCUGUCAUUGCGGUAAGCCAAUUUGCUGCCCAACGUCCUCGGCCCCCAAGAACUGCAUCUGGAGAGGAGACGACACCGGAGGCGGCCUGGGGAGCGAUUGUAACGCCCAGUGCGGGCCCGGGGAGGUCAACAUAAAAGGCAUCCAGUCGCACUGGGGCGGCGGCUUCGUCAACGAUGGCAAUACCAAUAGGUGCGGUCGCGGCGAGAAGGCUUUCUGCUGUCCCAGUCUAGACUACAAAACGGUUACCGAGGGUUGCACUUAUACCUCUUGCACCGGAAGUUGUUCGUCUGAUAAAGACCCCGUCUUCAGCAAUAACGACGCCUGCUUAGUUGGCACACAAUACUACUGCUGCCCUAAGCCUGUGCAGCUCAAGGACUGCCGCUGGGAAGACGGCGGUUCCGGCACGGACUGCGCAAAUGCGGUGUGCAAAGACGACGAGCUUGAGAUUGCCCGAGCACAGUUUGCCGAAUGGGGAACAGUAGGAUGUUCUUGGGGCCGCAAGAAGGCGGCUUGUUGCAAAGUCGAUAAAGCACCUCCAAAGCCCGCGAGCUGCACGCACGACGUCUGCAGGACGGUACCAGACCUUUGCAACGGGAACGACGGAAGCGCCUUGGUCAGCCUGGUGUCGAGAGACCCCGGACCAAGGCGCCACGAACCGCAGUAUAACAGUAGUUCUUCGUCCAUCGCUAUAUUGGAGAAGCGUGGCAAUGCCGAGACAUACUACGUCGACCUCGGCGGGAACGUCGGCAUCCGGGUCAUCGCUGUCGCCUAUCCUCUACUAUCCGAGAUUUUCGGAUUAGACGGGGCACCGAGGGUGCUACGCCGCUUCUUCCGUAUGAUUGCCGGAUACUGCACUGGGACCGCUGUCCAAGAGGGCACAAUCCCACCCGGGGAUAAUCCUCCGAACUUGGGUGGCCUUGAGGCGGAACAUCCAAUCGACCGCCAGGUCAUGAUACAGUUCCCCCGAGCGGCUGCUAGUGGUCAACUGCCGUCGGGUGCGAAUCACCCCCUCGCCCCUAUACCUGGUACAUGGUGGAAGGACAACUGGCACAAGAGCUUCCCGGCAUUGGCAGCUCGUCCGGCCAUCGGAGGUCCAGAUGGGUAUGCGCCCGACACGCCCAACGACCGUGUCAUGGAAUGUUUCGGGUCUUACGACUAUCCCGACCCGUUUAUAGCCACCGACAAACAGGUAAAUGGGGCGAAGGGCUCCAUCAUGCGGCUACGGCGCCCCGCCACCCCCGAAAGGGUCAGGAGGCUUGCCAAUACCGCCGUUCGUGAGGAUAGCCAGGGCGCCGUGGACGAGUUGCUAUCGACCAUCCGUGUGGGCAUCGCCGUGUUCGAAUACAUGAACCGGCCCGUCGUCGCGCAGCGGUUCAACAUGGUACGCCAACAAAUCCGCCUGCAGUUGACCUACAUCGAGGCCGACGUGCCGGGGGCCCAGGGGCUCGUCGACUGGUGGGACCUGUUCACGCGGGACUACUUCGAGCUCGUCGGCACCCGCGCCCAGGAGUGGCUGCACGACGUGAUCAUCGCCGCCGCCGAGCCGUACGUGCAGGCGCAGCAGGCCGGCCGGACUCUCACGACGUACCAACAGGUGGUGGGCGCGCUCGAGGAGAUGUUGCAGGAGAGAUCCGACAUGACGCUGCCUGGCGACGACUCUAUUCCGGAUCCGUCGACUCCAGGUGGAAGUUCGCUGAUGUUAGUUGUCUAA